AUGGGGACAUCGGUGUGCUAGUUUUAUAGCAUUGAACAUGCCUCAAAGUAUCUAGUGUGAACACAUUUACCUUACUCGUCUGUGUUCUUCCUUUGCUUAGGUUUCUCUAUUAUAGACUGAAGAAGAAGAUGGCUGUGUAUGAUGAAGAAAAGGCAAUAGAGCAGUCUGCGCCACCUAAAUCUAAAAUCAAUAAAAGGGCUAAAGGGAAAAAGCUUAAAAAGAAGAAACGAGAUUGCGCUAAUCAACCUGUUGAAACAGCAGUGACUGUGGAGGCCACGCCAAACCAUGUUUUAGCUACAGAAGAGAAAUGCACGGUACCAGAUGAAGUAAAAUCAACAAAAGCAGAACAUGUGGUACCAAGCAAGGAUAUAACUACAGAAAAGGAAUAUGUAGCACCAGAUAAUGUUUGUCCAUCUGGUGAAGAAACUCCACGCACACCUAAAUAUAAGAGGGUAACAAUUUUGCAGUGGAUAGAUGAGACCACAGAUGAAGAAGAUGACGAACAGACAGAUCUGGAACAAACAUUACAGGCCCCAAAAAAAUACAUUUUGCCAUUGACCGCUGUAAACUUUGAUCAAGAGAAAUCUGUGGUUCCUGAAAGUCACAUGUCUUCAGAUCUUAAGUUACCAACAGUCACAAUAGAAGAUGAUGAUGAUGAAGAGUGGCUUAACAAACCAACAGGUCUAAAACAAUGUGUUGAAGAUGUUUACAUUAGAGAAAAUAAAUGUACUUCUGAUCCUAUAUCAGUAACGGUCCAAAUAGAAGAAGAUGGUGAAGAAUCAGAAGAUCUGAAAAAAAUGUCUGAUGAUAUUAAGAGUGGAAAAUAUGAAAUAACUGAGUCAUUUGAAGAAGGACCGUAUGGAAUUAUGCUUUUUCGAGAUGGAGAAAAGAAUAUAUAUUUAACAAAUUUACCCGUUGAUAAAAUAGUCUUGAGACCUAUAGGGUCUGCACCUAUUAAAUCAAUGCAGGGUGUAACAAAAGCUCUUAAAGAAGCUGAAGCUGAAAGUAAAUCACUGGAUAAAGACUUUCAUGGAAUUGGUUCUAACUAUGAAGAAUGCACUAAACAUAGAGAACCGAUAGAAAUUCUGAUUUUUCAAGACGAUGGAGAAGAUCCAGUAGAGAUAACAGAUCUACCUAGUGAUACAGCUGAAAUGAUUAUGGAACAUAUUCUGAGUUAUCCUUUUGAAAAAAGAAAAUCUGAAAUUCUGCUUUUUCAAGUUAACGAAAAGGCAAUAUAUGUAACAAAUUUACCUAAAGAUAAGGCUAAAAUAACCAUGCAAUAUAUAAGGAGUCUGCCCCCUGAAUCAAUGCACGACAUUAUGAAAACCUUAUAA